AAUAGUGAUAAUCAAACAAGUAUAUCAAAUUCAGAAAACUCAAUUUAAUAAAAAAAUACUUAAAAAUUUAUAUAGUUAUAAACAUAAACAAAUGAUUAAAAUUUAAUAGAUUCUUUUAAUUGCGCAUUUUCACAUAAAAUACUUCUCUAAGGUAAAAUGUAUGUAUAUAGUGAUAAAAUAGGAUUUCAUUCAUAUUUUAAUAGUUAAAGUUUUGUUGGAUAUACUACUUUAUGUAUACCAUUAAAUGAUAUAAUUAAAGUAGAAAAAAGAAAAAAUGCACUUGUUUUUGAAAAUAGCAUAGCAAUUAUUACUAAUAAAGGCGAACUAUUUUUACUUCUUAUAUUAAUAGGGAAAUUUGCUUUAAUCUUUUAAAAUAAUUGAUUGAAAAUAAUAAUUAAGAAGAAAAUAAAAAAUAAUCUAAAAAAAGUAGUAGAAUAUUAAAAUGAUAUAGAUA